GCAUGGUUUUGUUUAGCUCUUUUACUUGUACUAUGCGUUUCUAAAGAAGUUGUAGAUUUGGUUUUGAUUUUGAGCUCUUAUUUAGGCUUGCUAAGGAUAAUAUGAUCGUUAAAAUAUAUUCUUUGCUUUGAUUUUUUUGUUUUACUAAAACAGUAAACCAGAGCAAUGUCAAAUUUAAAAGAAAUAUAUGAGAAAAGUGCAGAGUUUACUGCAUUUUAUACAGGUGGUGAUAUACAGUGGACAAAUGAUGGCUUACAAAUGCUUUGCCUAUGUGAUGAAGCUAUUAAGGUGGUUGAAGUCGACACUCUAAUCACUUCUCUUAUUAUUGGCGAAACUGAGGAAGAUGCAGAAAAUGACCAGAUUUAUACAUUUAAAAUAUCACAUAGUAAUCAAAGUAUUGUUACUGCACACAAAAGUGGCCUAAUUAAAAUGUGGGACAAAGAAACUGGAGUCCAACUAAAAAUUUGGAGAUCAAGCCAUAAAGGACCUGUUGUGAAGUUAGCCUUUGAUUCAACAGAUGAAAAUAUUGCUUCAGGAGGUUCCGACGGUAAUGUGAGACUGUGGGAUGUAGGACAUAAUACCUGUACUAGCAGUCUUCGUGGAGCUAUGGGUGUUUUCUCUGUGUUAGAGUAUCAUCCAGAUUCUUCUAAACAAUUAGUAUUUGGAGCAGCAGAUGACACAAAGAUUAGAUCCUGGUGUUCUAAAACUGGUAAAGAGCAAUUAGUAUAUUCAGGUCAUUUUAGUAAGGUAACUGCUUUGCUAUUCACACUUGAUGGUAAAUACAUGGUCAGCUCUGGGAGGGACAGAGUACUCAUAUUGUGGGAUUUAAAUGUUAGCAAAGCUCUUAAAGUUGUUCCUGUGUAUGAAGGAAUUGAAUCCUGCAUUCUCUUACCACCUUCAUUUAAAAUCCCUAAUUUUAAUAAAAAGCUGGAAACUGAAGGGGUUUAUGUUGCUUGUGCUGGAGAAAAAGGAAUUGUUAAAGUAUGGAAUUUGUCAAUGAGCCGAAUCAUGUUUGAACAAAUCAAUAGUUUAGUAUCCCCAUCAACUGAAGAAGGAGGGCUGUCAAUAACGCACCUACUAUAUAAUCAAGCAAGAAAUAUGGUCUCUGUAGUGACAGUUGAUCAUAACAUUAUAAUACAUGACCUAGAAACAUUUGACUCUGUGAAACAGAUGAUUGGUUUCACUGAUGAAGUUCUUGACAUAAUAUUUUUGGGAAAAAACGAGAACCAUAUAAUUGUUGCCACAAAUAGCCAAGAUCUGAAGUAUUAUGAUUUAGAAACUAUGAAUUGUCAAAUUGUUAAAGGUCACACAGAUAUAGUGCUCUCCUUAGCAAACUUUCCAACUAAACUUGAAAUGUUUGUUUCAUCAAGUAAAGACAAUAGUGUUCGAUUGUGGUUUCAAACACCAAACAACACUAUUCAUUGCCUUGCAGUUGGAACUCGCCAUACUGCUUCUGUUGGGUCUGUUUACACUUCACAAACAUCCGAUGAUUUCUUUACCUCGGUUAGUCAAGAUAAUUGCAUAAAAGUUUGGACUGUAUCUAAGCCUGCAGAAAAAUGUGUAGAACAAAAUCUUAAAUGUAGUCACACUGAAUUAGCUCACCAAAUGGACAUUAAUUGCGUUGCAGUAUCACCCAAUGAUAAAAUGAUAGCUACUGGUUCACAAGAUAAAACUGCAAAGAUUUGGGCAGAAGACUUGACACUGUUAGGUGUAUUAAAAGGUCACAGAAGGGGAGUGUGGUGUGUAAGAUUUUCUCCUGUUGAUCAAGUAGUGCUAACAUCUUCAGCUGAUAGUUCCAUUAAAUUAUGGUCCAUAAGUGAUUUAAGUUGCCUAAAAACUUUCGAAGGUCAUGAAAGUUCUGUUCUGAAAGUUGAGUUCAUUAGUAAAGGCCAACAGAUUUUAUCCAGUGGAGCUGAUGGACUAUUAAAGUUAUGGACUAUCAAAACAUCAGAAAGUAAAAUGUCAUUAGACAACCAUGAUGGUAAAGUGUGGUCAUUAGCUAUAUCCAAAAAUGAAUCAUACAUAAUCACAGGUGGUUCUGAUUCAAAAUUAGUGAAAUUAAAAGAUGUAACAUUGGAACAAAGAGAAAGAAGGACCAAGGAGAGAGAAGCACUGAUUUUGCAAGAACAGGAAUUAAAUAACUUACUUCAUGACAAAAAAUUACUCAAAGCUUUAAAAUUAGCAUUACGAAUGGACAGGCCACUGCACGUGUUAAAAAUAGUGAAUGAAGUUCUGAAAGGUGGAAGUGAAAAGCUUAGAGAAACAUUAAGCGAUAUUAGCCACACGCAAAAAGAAACGUUACUAAAAUUUGCAGUAGAAUGGAAUACAAACAAUAAAAAUUGUCACGCUGCUCAACUUGUCUUUAAUAUAUUAGCUCCGGAAAUUAUUUCAGGUAAUCUAAAAGUGCCUUCUUUGGCUAAUUUCAUAGAGGGCGCUUUACCAUAUACCGAGAGACAUUUUGAGCGCCUAACGAAUCUUCUUCAAGAUUUAAAUUUCAUUACCUACACUGUAAAUUGUAUGCAACCUCAUUCUGUUAUUAAAUUUAACUAAGUGUUAUAAGAUAUUACCAAUUAUUAUGAAGUGUUAAGAAUUAAA